AUGGAAAUUACAAUCAAUUCUAAUGAGAUGAUCAAACCAUCUUCUCCAACUCCUCCUCACCUCCGUUCUUUCAAACUUUCCCUUCUUGAUCAAUUUGUCCCCACCAUGUAUACACCCAUCUUACUCUUCUUUCCAGCCGGAAACUUCUCCGACGAUGAUCACCGGCAAGUAAGGUCUCGUAUUCUUAAGAACUCUCUCUCGACAUUCCUCACACGCUACUACCCACUUGCCGGAAGAUUAAACGGAAACAUCUCCGUUGAAUGUAAUGAUGAAGGUGUGUAUUAUUCCGAAGCCGAAGUUGAUUCUUCUCUUCUCGAUGUUCUAAGAGAACCGGAGAUUGAAACCAUGAAAAAAUUGAUGCCACCCAAGAAUAAAAACGAUAUUUUGUUCUUGGUUCAAGUUACUUUUUUCGAAUGUGGAGGAUUGUCUAUAGGUGUUUGUAUAUCCCACAAGUUCUCCGAUGCAGCCUCUACCACCACGGUCAUUCGAGCAUGGGCGGCGGAGGCGGAGGCUUUCAUGCAUCAUGAAAGCAUCCUCCUAGUGGCUCCUCAGUUAUCCUCUGCAGCCAUCUUCCCGCCCAUCGAUAACUUACCGAUGGGGAAGCUUGCGGACGAGUUUGACAAGGAGAAGCCACGUGUAGUAGUGCGGAGAUACGUGUUUAGUGCAUCAAAGAUCGCGUCUCUGAAGGAAAUCGCGGUUAGUGAGGAAGUACGAUCGCCUUCGAGGGUUGAGGUCGUGUCGGCUUUUCUUUGGAGACGCACGAUUAGGACUAUUAAGUUAAAGUUGGGGACCCAUAGGCCAUUGGCAAUUGUCUGGCCCGUAAAUUUACGGGCCAGAUUGUUGCCACCUUUGGGGUCGGAUACAUUUGGAAAUAUUGCCAUACCGAUGGUUAUGGAAGGUCAAGAUGAAAGUGAAUGUGAGAUUAAGUUGUCGAAAUUAAUUAACGUAAUGAGACGUGGUAUAUUGGAAAUUGAUAGUAAGUAUGGAAGAGAAUUGGGGACGGAAGAACUUGUGGGUGAGAUCUUUAAAUCUUACACCGAGGUAGGGAAGAUAUUGGAGAAGGCAUCGGAGAUGGAUUUUCAUGGGCAUUCGAGUUGGUGUAGGUUUCCUUUGUACGAGGUUGAUUUUGGAUGGGGUAAGCCGGUUUGGGCAACCAUUGCAUACAUCGAACAUCCGAAUACGGUCGUGCUAAUGGAUGCUAGAGACGAUGGGGCAAUAGAAGCAUGGGUAAGCUUGAAGGAAGAAGACAUGUUUAUCUUUGAACAAGAUGAUGACUUGUCGAAAUUCGCCACUUUGAAUCCUUGUCCAUAUGUUUAG